AUCCCCUCCCUCCCUCCAUUUCCAGAUCCCACCUCCCGACCUUCUUCUCCUCCCUCGGCGGCCACCGCCGUGCCGUACAGAAUUAUGGCAGCGCCGGCUGCCAUCUCCAUCUUCUCGUCCUCCAAUUCGUCUUCCGUGUCGCCUAGACCCCGCAAACGCCUCCUGGCGGAGCCCGUCUCGGGGCGCAGCCCCCGAACGCUGCAACCUCCGCCCCGGACCGUCGCCUCGUCACGCGCGCCCCUGGUCGUAUCCCACCCACCGCCCACGCCAGCGCCCGCGCCAGGGCACCCCAAGGUCGACCGUUCCGGGCGGUUCUGCAGCCCCCGCGCCGCGCGAGAGCUCGCGCUGAUGGUUGCCUACGCGGCGUGCCUGGAAGGUGCCGACGUGGUGCGGCUAUUCGACCGCAGGGUGGCCGCGAGAAGAGAGCCUGGCUAUGUUUUCAAUAAGGCGUCCUUGCAGAGUUACAAUUUUAUGAGCUUUUGUGGGGGACCACUGGAGGUUGCGACGGAGGAGGAAGCUGAGAAGCUUAUGAGUCAGAAUGAGAAGGAUUCAGCGAACGAAGCAGAAGUUCUUUCAGCUCCUCCAAGGCUGGUGUACAACAAUUUUGUGUUACGAUUGGCCCGUGAAAUGUUAGUGGCAGUUGCCAGUGGAUGGGAUCAGCAUGUUGAAAUCAUUAACAAAAUAAUUCCUCAGAGUUGGAAGGAUGAACCUGUUGCAAGGAUCCUUGAGCUCUGCAUUCUUCACAUUGCUAUGGCAGAGAUGACGUCGAAAGAAACACCUCACAAAGUUGCCAUCAAUGAGGCUGUAGAUCUGGCAAAACGGUUUUGUGACGGAGGUGCUCCUCGAGUAAUCAAUGGAUGCCUUCGAACAUAUGUAAAGGAUCACAUGGACAUUGGUACUGGCCAUCCAUCUGAAUCAAAAGAAUGAAGUUUCUGUAAAUAUGUAUUACAAAGGCAGAUGAAAUUGACCCUCGUUUGAGAAAAUAAAGGGAAGACAAACAGAAGCAUGAAGAAAACUUUGCUCUGUCUGGCCAAUUUCCAGUGGUUUUAAGAUUGAAUUGUGAACUUGAAAUGAGGCCAAGAAGCUUGGUUUGUGGAAAGCUAGAUAUAUCUCCAAUGUUUAACCGGUGCUUGUGCCAGAUGCACCAAGCUAUAUGCUGAUGAUGCACACUCGCCUGAAGCAACUGGAGGGUACUAUCUCUAACAGCCUUCGCUCUCUCUGUGGUUCAUUGGAUGAAUAAGUGUUGUAAACUUAGUGGAAAUGUAAGGCUGAAAGGCUAUGCUUUUAUCUCCUGAAUCUGCAAACCCUGCCGGUCCUGCUCAAUAGUUAGAAAGACAGGGAUUUAGAGAGGAUAUUUCAAAUAUAGUACAUUAGUCUACAGGUUGGAUAUGGCAGUAUAAUUCAAUUUGGGCGCGGUUACGUUUUCUCUUGGAAGUUUGUAUGAAACAUUUUGCAUUUGAAACAGGGACUGUGUGUAACUAGCAACGCAGCCAAUUGCUGUGUCAAUUUAGGGAACUUCACCUGCAGUUGUACUCUAGCUCUAAUUUUAAAGUUUACUAGUUGAGUGCC